GAUGAACAAAAAAAAAGGAAACCUACGCAUACACGCGAUGCUCUUCUCGUCUUGUGUUGUUUUUGCUGGAAGAAUUGAUUUCUGCUCUUCCUCUUCCAUCUCCUUUGGAUUGAGACAUAUAAAUACGAGGCAUGUGUCGCUACGCUAGCUAUUACAGUAGCUAUCGAUCGAUAUCGAAGCCAAGAGGUAGCCAGCCAUGGUGCUGUUCGAGAAUAUCAAUGUCGACUGCGACCCAUCCACUCGGCUGUUCGUCUCCAACCUCACAUCCUCGUACGUGGACCAGAGCAAUGAGGCGUCCAUGGUGGCGGCCUCCGUCAUCAUGUUCGUCCUGGCCGGGGUCUUCUUCAACCUCAACCUCUUCAGCGGCAUCUCCGACGUGAGCGCCAUCCUGGACCCCAAGGUCCGCAUCGUCCUCUCCUCGGCGCUCUCCCUGCUGCUCCCCGUCAUGUCGUACCUCUUCUCCGAGGCCAAGAACGCCGGCCGCUCCACCACCAAGCCCGCCGGCGCCGGCACCGGCGCCGCCAAGGACCUCCCGCUGCAGGCCCUGGUCAUCCUCGUGUGGAUGCUGCUGGUGGAGCUCCUCCGCAAGAAGGUGGACGAGAUCCGCAUGAAGGGCAUCUCCAGCAGCCUCCAGCGCGCCGGCCGCGUCGUCUGGCUGGGCAGCCUCGUCUUCUUCAACGUCCGCAGCGCCGGCCGGAAGAUCAUCUUCGGCGUCCUCUGGAUCCUCUGCGCCACCACGGUGCUCCAGCGGAUCGCCUUCACCGAGUUCGGCAAGCGCUCCUACGCCCACGGCAAGAACGCCAGGCUCGUCGCCUCCUACAUGGCCUGGAUCCUUGGCCACGUCGGCGGCGUCAAGAACGAGACAUCACAAGCCGGCGCGGCGCAGGCGGAGCACGCUGUUCCUGUCGUGCACCAUGGCGCCGGCCACGACGUGGAGCAUGCUGCCCAGCGACGGACGCCUGAUGAUGGGCAACAGCUGCUCAAGACGUGCCGGUACAUCGUGGUCGGAGAAGAUCAGCUGGUGAAGGAGGCGACGGCGGACGGCUACGAUCUCAACGUCGACAAGAACGGCGUCGUGGUCGCCCCCGGCUUUGUCACCGUCGGCGAUGUCUGGAGCCUCCCCGGGACUGACUCGACCUUCGCUGAAUGGGAUGGAGAUCAACGCCUCAGGAGACUCUGCCUCUCCUUCGCCCUCUUCAAGCUGCUCCGCGGCCGGUUCGAGCAGCACGAGCCGCUGACCGAGGAGGAAGCCAACAACGGCCGGGAGCUCAUCCUCAGGGGCCUCUACUACAACAAGGUCAAGGUGGACGGCGGACAUGGAGGCACGACGACGACGACGGACUCGGAGGCGGUGUUCCAGGUGAUCACCGACGACGUCAACUUCCUCUCCGAGUACUACCACUCCGUCGUCCCCGUCAUCUUCGCGAGCCCCUUCUUCCUGCUCGCUAACUACGUCCUCCUCCCCGUGGUCGUGCUCGGCCUCUGCCUCAUGACCGUCUUCCUCUGCGGCAAUGGCGACUUCCGCUACGCGAUGACCAGCAUCCUCAAGGACAACUACACCCUCAACACCGGCAUCCGCAACCUGACCCUGUGCCUCCUCAAGGAGGUCGCCAAGAAGCCCCCCAAUUACUUCUUCUCCCUGCUCGACCUCUCCAUCACCUUGCUCCUCUUCGUCAUCUUCGUCUACGAGUCCGUGUGGGAGCUCGCCGUCUUCCUCCUCUCCAACUGGUUCAUGGUCGCGCUCGUCUGCGACUACACGGGCAGGCCGGCGUGGCGAGGCAAGCCCAGCUUCCGGUGGGCCUUCCGCCGGAUCCGGUGGCUGCGGAGCAAGAUGAGCCACGGCGACCUCACCAUCAAGCAGUUCUCCGUGCUCAACCUGCGCUGGCCGCCGGCCUUGCCGCUGCCGUCCGCGCUCUCCCUGCUGGUGCGGGCCAGGACUGUCCCGACCUGCGUCAAGGACUCCAUCAUGGAGUACCUCGUGGAACAUGGCCGCGCUGCUCCCAUCUCCAUCGGCAACCCCGUGCUGCUCGACAAGGUCGAAGAAGCAGGCAGCAACCCGUUCUCUGAUCUUGGAUGGGCGUUCAAGAGCAGGAGCAUCGCCGAGGUCAUCCUCACCUGGCACAUCGCCACCACCAUCUUCGAGCACAAAUUCCUGUCGGCGUCUCAGAGUCAGACCUCGAGCAGCAUCGUCAUGGUGGCGACGAGGCUGUCCAAGUACUGCGCGUACCUGGUGAUGUUCCACCCGGAGCUGCUGCCGGACAACCCGGACAAGACGGAGGACGUCGUCCAGCUCAUGAAGGAGGAGCUCAAAGAGGGCCUUGGCUGCCUGGAGUUCUUCUUCUUCCGGCACGCCGCCCGGGUCGAGCGGAUCAUGAAGCUCAAGGGAGAAGGGAGCUGGAAUGACAAGAAGGUGGUGAAAAAUGGCGUGACACUAGGUGCUUCGUUGCAGGAGAAAGCGGCGUCGGAUCAUCCGGAAAGGGUGUGGAGGAUGCUAGCCGACGUGUGGACGGAGCUCAUCGUCUCCCUGGCGCCGUCGACCGACGAGGAGCACAUGAAGGGGCAUGAGGAUGCUCUGUUGCAGGGAGGCGAGUUCAUCACCGCGCUCUGGGCACUGACCACGCACACCGGCAUAACCCGGCAGCCCAUGCCGGGCGGUCGUCAGGGCGAAGAUGGCGGUCGUGCUGGGUGGGCUACAGGUUCACCUGGAUCCGGCCGUUAAGUCGCUUGCGUAUUACUACUGCUUGCUCGCUCUUUGAGUUUUUAUUGCGUGUUCUGUGUAUUUCGUCAGCGAAGUUCUUUCUGCAUCCAAAGACCAGGAAUUUUAUGCGUGUUCAUUCUUUUAUGAGUGCCAGAGUGUACGUGUCUGGGUACGCUAUGAUGUAUUAAUUACGUAACAGAUCGAUGUAUAUGGAUUUGUAAUUCAGCAGAAACUCUCUGUUUGAGUUUUAUACUA